AUGACGACCAUGUACCCUACACCGUACACGGCGGAACCCCGACAAGAGUUGGAAGACGACGACGACGCGGAAGACGAUGACUUUGACGAUGGCAGCACGAGUCUCUUGGAAGAAGCGGUAGCCAACAAACAGUCGGUUCAGAUUUGUCGCAAGAACACGCCUCGCAAAGCCGGACGCAUGUCGCUCAUGUCGUUUUUUGGCCAAGCGGAAGAAGAAGAAGAGAGUGACUCGAGUUCCUUUGUCAUGGCGGAUGUCGCUUCGUUGGAAGAAAAGAGAUUAGCCGCUCGUGCCAGUCGCGAAAAGAAACAACUCGAACAAUUGAGCUUGAGUGAAGGAGGCCCCAAACGAGGACGUCGUCGCGUCGGUCGUUCGUCUACCAUGAACGAAAAGGACGGUGCCUUGGCCGUUCGACGCAUGUCGACAUUUGAUACGGCCGCAGCACACAAGAUGCGAGCGUUGUCACCGACUCGCAUGUCGACGAUGCGUCCACUAUCCCGCUCCAACACGACACAGCCGCAUUCCUUUUUGCAGACGCUGGAAUCCAUGGCACCACCGCGGUCGUCCGACGCAGCACGAUUUGCCGAACACGAAGAAACCAUCAAACGAUUGACGGUGGGGACGGAUGAAAUUGCGCAAAUUUUGGAGGAUCCCAAACAAUUUGCCAAAUUGCAAAAGGUAUUGCGAAAACACGGGGCGGUUACCAAUGAAGUAUUGCGACAAGUCUUGCCGCUCUAUGUCAAGCAUCAAAUCAAUAGUCAAGCGGCGAAAGCGGCGGCGGCGGCACAGGGUGAUGAAGCAGAAGAAGAAAAAUGUAUGGAUCGACAGCAAACGGCUGGUAGUCUCUAA